UGCCGCGGUGGAGCCACCGCCCCCAAGCAGCUGGGCCGCCGCUUCGCCGCCGUUUGGGGACCCCGGAGAGCUUCGGCGCCGGGUUGCCCUGAUGGUCCCCGGCAGGCGGCGGCGGCAGAGGCGGCGAGAGGAUGACCUCUCCCCGGGAGCGGGGUGCCGACCUGGCCCGUUUCUACACUGUCACAGAGCCUCAGCGACACCCAAGGGGCUACACGGUGUAUAAGGUCACCGCCCGGGUUGUUUCACGAAGAAAUCCAGAGGAUGUCCAGGAGAUAAUCAUAUGGAAGAGAUACAGCGACUUUAAGAAACUACACAAAGAACUAUGGCAAAUUCACAAAAACUUAUUCCGACAUUCAGAAUUGUUUCCUCCAUUUGCAAAAGGAAUCGUGUUUGGACGCUUUGACGAGACUGUCAUCGAGGAGAGGAGGCAGUGCGCCGAGGACCUGCUGCAGUUCUCCGCCAACAUUCCCGCGCUGUACAACAGCAAGCAGCUUGCCGAUUUUUUCAAGGGUGGAAUAGUUAGCGAUGGUUCUGAGUUGAUUGGUCCUGUUGAAGCUUAUUCGGAUUCUUUCACUGAUAGCUUUCCCGAGUGCAGUACAGAAGGCUUCUCCAGUGACAGUGACCUGGUGUCUCUCACUGUCGAUGCGGAUUCUCCUGCUGAGUUAGAUGAUGGAAUGGCUUCCAAUCAGAGUUCUCCCACUAGAACUUUUGGUCUCAGUCUUUCUUCGGAUCCUUCAGCACUAGGGGCUGUGGCUCCUGACAGCGAACCGAACAAAACAGAAGAAGAACGGGAAAAUCGUAGCCUCUUUCCUGGCAGUUUAAAAUCCAAGCUUGGCAAGAGAGAUUAUUUGGAGAAAGCAGGAGAAUUAAUAAAGUUGGCUUUAAAAAAGGAAGAAGAAGAUGACUAUGAAGCUGCUUCUGAUUUUUAUAGAAAGGGAGUUGAUUUACUCCUAGAAGGUGUUCAAGGAGAGUCAAGCCCCACCCGGCGAGAAGCUGUGAAGAGAAGAACGGCGGAGUAUCUCAUGCGAGCCGAGAGUCUGUCCAGCUGCUACAGGAAACCUCAGCCGGAUGAUGCAUCUCAGCCUCCAGGAUCACUAAGUUCAAGGCCCCCUUGGAACCUAAGGAGCCCUGCCGAGGAGCUGAAGGCCUUCAGAGUCCUUGGGGUGAUUGACAAGGUUUUACUUGUAAUGGACACAAGGACAGAACAGACAUUCAUUUUAAAAGGUCUCAGGAAAAGCAGUGAAUACAGCAGGAACAGAAAGACCAUCAUCCCCCGCUGCGUGCCCAACAUGGUGUGUCUGCACAAGUACAUCGUUUCCGAGGAGUCAGUGUUUCUUGUGCUGCAGCACGCGGAAGGUGGCAAACUCUGGUCAUAUAUCAGUAAGUUUCUAAACAGAAGCCCUGAAGAAAGCUUUGACAUCGAGGAAGUGGAAGAAUCUGCACUUAGUCAAGUUCCCCUGCGACAGCCGACCCGCAGUCCUCAGGGCAGCAGCAGCUUCGAAUCCAGAGGGAGUGACCAGGGGGCCCUGCUGCAGGUCCUGCCCCUGGAGACCAGUCUGACUCAGAGCUCCCAAGACGGUAGCACCCAAGACGAUGACGGCCAAGAUAGCUCUCCAAAAUGGCCCGAUUCUGGCUCAAGUUCAGAGGAAGAAUGCACUACUAGUUAUUUAACAUUAUGCAAUGAAUAUGGGCAAGAAAAGAUUGAACCCGGGUCCUUGAGUGAGGAGCCUUUCAUGAGGAGCGAAGGAAGUGGUGUUGGUACCAAAGCUGUUGAAGGCGUCCCGACACCCCUUGCGGCUGACAGCGACAGCCUCAGCACUCAGCGGAUAGCUUGCGAGCUGCAACUCUUCCCUGCAGAGGAUGGCCUGGAAGCAGUUAGUUCUCCAAGAACGUUAGAUUCCCUCAGUAGAUCUAAAAACAGCUCCAUGGAGUUCUUUAGGAUAGACAGCAAGGAUAGCACUAGUGAACUCCUAGGACUUGAUUUUGGAGAAAAAAUGUAUAGUCUAAAGUCAGAGCCUUUGAAACCAUUUUUUACACUUUCAGAUGGAGACAGGAGUUUUAAUAUUAGUGAAAGCAGGGUUAUAGCUCAGGAUACCAUUAGCAGAGGCUCAGAUGACUCUGUCCCAGUUAUUUCUUUCAAAGAUGCUGCUUUUGAGGAUGUCAGUGGUCCUGAUGAAGGAAGGCCUGAUCUUCUUGUAAACCUACCUGGGGAACUGGAGCCAACGAAAGAUGGUGCAGCCGUGGGGCCUACUAAGUUUACACAGACUAAUAUGAGCAUAAUGGAAAGCAAACUCUUGGAAGCCCCCGAUGUUUUAUGCCUCAGGCUUAGUGCUGAACAGUGCCAAGCACAAGAAGAAAAAGGCGCAGGGGAAUUGAGUGACCCCUCUGGCCUUCAAUCCCAUGGUGUACCAGAGAAACACUAUGCCCAGGGGGAUCUUGGGAUGCUAUUUGUGGCCGCUGUUGACCCCAGUAGUUCAGGAGACAUGUCCUUGUUACGCAGCUCAGAUCCUAACUUCCAGGGACUUGGAGGGGUUGAGUCGGCAGUGGCCGCAAACAGCAUGGACGAAAGCUUAUUCCUGGUUUCUGACCCACUCUCAGGUGCUAAUGAAUAUGCAAACACAGACACUUUAAAAACUGAAGAAGUAUUGCUGUUUACAGAUCACACCGAUGAUUUGGCCGAAGAGGAAUCGACUUUAUUUCGAAGAGACUCUGUGACUAAGGGAGCAAGUGCGUUAGCACAAGGAGACAAGGAGAUACAUCAGAUUUUUGAGGACCUUGAUAAAAAAUUAGCACUGAACUCCAGGUUUUACAUCCCAGAGGGCUGCAUUCAAAGAUGGGCAGCUGAAAUGGUGGUAGCCCUUGACGCUUUACAUAGAGAGGGGAUUGUGUGCCGCGAUCUGAACCCAAACAACAUCUUAUUGAAUGAUAGAGGACACAUCCAGCUAACGUAUUUCAGCAGGUGGAGUGAGGUUGAAGAUUCCUGUGACAGCGACGCCGUGGAGAGAAUGUACUGCGCCCCAGAGGUUGGAGCAAUCACCGAGGAAACCGAAGCCUGCGACUGGUGGAGUUUGGGUGCCGUCCUCUUUGAACUUCUCACUGGCAAGACUCUGGUCGAGUGCCAUCCGGCGGGAAUAACCACUCACACUACUUUGAACAUGCCAGAAAGCGUCUCUGAAGAGGCUCGCUCGCUCAUUCAACAGCUCUUGCAGUUCAACCCCGUGGAGCGUCUUGGUGCUGGAGUCGCUGGGGUGGAAGAUAUCAAAUCUCAUCCAUUUUUUACCCCCGUGGACUGGGCCCAGCUGAUGAGAUGAACAUAACGCAGGGUUGGCUGCGGACACUCUGGUCUUCUCCGGGACAGGCGUCCCCAGCGCAGAGGCACCUCUGCCUCCUGGUCACCUGUGCAGCCCCAGAGCAUUGGGGUGAGACCAUUAGAGGAAAUGGGCGAUCAAGAGGCUGAAAGAGAACAAUUCCUUUGCAGUUACUGUCUGGACAAGAUGCUGGCCGCGUGUGCCGGGAGCUGUCCUGAACAGACCUUUAACCAAGGUGUGAUCUCUACUUUAUCCACAUUCAGUGCGGCGCAGGAGUCGGAAACCCAGCUGGAAGGAACGCCCGUCGAGAACCUCCUCCGAUACAGAACUCCGUGUGCAAUGAAGUGUUGCUCGAAAGGAGGACCUUUACAUGGCAGCUAACCGUGCUUUUUGCUAACCAAGAUAGUUUUACAUGAUCAAAUUAAUAUUUGUUGAAUAAUAUAUGAGAAGUGCUUCAUAAAUAAUGUCAUCUGUGGAGCUUAAAAAAGUGAAGAAAAAAGGAAUAUACUCAUCAUGUCUGAUAGGAAACACGUUUCACAAUGCUGUGUAAUUAAUGUAUGUCCAAUGUGGUCCCAAAUUGUUCCAUACACUCCGAAGUCCACGUGCGAAGGAAACACUGUAUCGUGUCAACUUUACACUUGGCUGGUUGGUACCGCUCAUGGAAACGUUCAUGUAAACACUUGCUGUGUCUCUCUCUCCAGCUCUUCUUCCUGCAGCCCUGGCCCGUUCUCUCAUGCUCUGUUCUUCCACUAAUACACAUGCGGCAAAGAAGGGGAGGGGGUAUGCACACCCCCAGAUUGUAUCAGCUUAAUAAGGACUAAGAAAUCAUGAAGUAAAAUAAACGUGGUAAGAAUUUAAA